AUGGAUGCAAUUUAUGUAGCAUGGUUGAGUCUAGUAGUUGGGUUUGUGUUGUGGUGGUGGAAUGAAUAUUGGUAUGUUAUUCCUCUCAUGUUCAAAUGCUUAAAUUCUUCCACAAAAUUGCCACCUGGACACAUGGGUUUCCCUUUCAUUGGAGAAAUGAUUAACUUUCUUUGGUACUUCAAAAUUCUUCGACGACCAGAUGAAUUCAUUAAUGCUAAGAGACGCAAAUAUGGUGAUGGAGUAGGCAUGUUCAGAACACACCUCUUUGGGGUACCAUCAAUUAUAGUAUACACUCCAGCUGCUCACAAAUAUGUGUUCUUUUCAGAGGACAAGUUCAAAGCAGUUUGGCCCACUGUUGAACUUAUGGGCCGAACUUCAUUAGUGUCUGUCCAUGGAAAAGCCCAUUUACGGGUCCGCAACUUUGUCAGCAAUACCAUCAAUCGGCCCGAUGCCCUAAACCGCAUUGCUGCUCUUGUCCAACCUCGCAUGCUUCAUGCUCUUCAAUCUUGGGCUCAAAUGGGUAAAAUCAAUGCCAAGUUUGAAACCCAAAAGUUGACAUUUGAAAACAUUGGGAAAUUAUUCAUGGGCAAGAAGCCAGGACCUCUUCUACAUUCCUUGGAUAAACUCUAUCAAGGCUUGCUUUUAGGAGUGAGAGCCUAUCCAAUCAACAUUCCUGGUUUUGCAUACCACCAUGCUCUUCAGUGUAGAAGGAAACUCGAGGACUUUUUCUCGAUGGAAUUAGAUAAAAGAAAGAAUGACAAUAAGGUUGAAACAAUUGAUCUAAUGGAUGGGUUGAUUCAAAUUGAAGAUGAUGAAGGUGACAAAUUGAGUGACAAAGAAGUUGUAGACAAUAUUGUCUCUCUAGUGGCUGCUGGAUAUAUGUCUACUUCACUUGCAUCUACAUGGGCUAUAUACCUUCUUGCCAAGUAUCCAAUUGUGCUUCAAAAGCUUAGGGAAGAGAACAUGGCUUUCAAAAAGGAAAGUACAGAGGAUUUUCUUACACCUAAAGAUGUUUCGAAUUUAAAAUACACAAACAAGGUGGUUGAAGAAGUGAUAAGAAUGGCCAAUAUUGCUGCUUGUGCUUUCAGAAAAGUCGAUACUGAAGUCGACUAUAAAGGUUAUAAGAUUCCAAAGGGAUGGAAUGUAAUUCUCCUCCUUCGCUAUCUUCAUACAGACCCAAAUAACUUUAAGGAUCCCUUGUGUUUCAAUCCUGAUAGAUGGAAUACGCCAGCAAAGUCCGGAACGUACCAAGUGUUUGGCGGUGGACAAAGACUAUGCCCUGGAAACACGCUUGUGAAAAUUCAACUUGCACUUCUACUUCAUCAUUUGUCCAUAGGAUACAAGUAA